GUAGAUCCCCACCCCCUCCUAAUUUUCAAUCUGUUUCCUUCUCUAUCCCCAUCCCCAACCCCUUUUUCCUCUCCCAACCUUUACCUUUUCCUUCUUCAUCCCCAAUCCGACCCCUUUUCCUCCUCCAACCCUUCCCCUUCUACUUCCCCAACUUGAUAUCAUUCCUCUUCCUCUUCUUCUUUAUAAUUUGAUGCCCUCCUUCUCCUCCUUUUCAACUAUAAUCUCACACUCACAAGAGCUCUUCUCAAUCUUUGCUGUUGCCGCCUCUCGUGGGCCUCCGUUUCGCUGCUGCCAUUGUUUGCUUGCCUCCAUUUUCGCUCGGUUUUUCUCUUCUCUCUUCUGGCACGGUUCUCUCUCUCAACCAUGAAGAGGCAAAGAACAUAUUUUUUCUGUGGUUUUCUUCGGAUGUGGUUCGGUCUCCAUGGCAACCUCUCAUUAAAUGUAAUGGAAAAAUGAAUUGUGACCUGAAAUGAAAUUUCACUUGUAUAAUAUUAGGAAUUGAAAUUAAUGGUUUAUAAGCUCCUCCGCAGUCGAUUGGUUUAUAAGAAUUAUUUAUAGCCAGUGAUAAAUUAACGGCUUUGGAAAUGAAGUCAAAGUUGUAUAUAUAAUGAAAAAGGCCCUCAAAAGUGGAGAGAUCAGCAAGAGAAGAAAAAGAAAAGUCUGUAAAAUUGUAUAAUGUUUCAAUCAAUGGCGUCGUCUACGUACACCAAAGCCGUGUUUCCUUCGAGUACGAGAUCAGCAUCAACAUCGCUUGCCUCAUUAACCACCAAAAACCCCUUCCUGAGAGUCUCAUCAUUAUCUGGUUCUCGUUGCGCUUCUUGUUAUUGCCAGCGCGCGUGUGCCUCGGUGGUGAACGUCACCAGUGUGUUGAAGACGGCGGACUCGAAAUCUUCGUCCGCAACAAGCAGCAAGGAUCUGUCCCCUCAUGGUUCAAAACCCACCAUAUUGGUGUCGGAGAAGCUAGGAGAGGCGGGGCUGCAACUGCUACGUGAGGUCGGGGAGGUGGAGUGCGCAUACGACCUGUCACCGGAGCAGCUGUGCAACAAGAUCUCGUCGUGUGAUGCGCUGAUAGUGAGGAGCGCCACCAAGGUGACCAGGCAGGUCUUCGAAGCUUCCAAAGGAAGGCUGAAGGUUGUCGGCAGAGCAGGUGUCGGCAUUGACAAUGUCGAUCUUCAAGCUGCAACCGAAUACGGCUGCCUUGUAGUCAACGCCCCCACCGCCAACACCAUUGCAGCUGCUGAGCAUGGCAUUGCUCUCCUUGCUGCCAUGGCAAGGAACGUUGCCCAAGCCGACGCCUCCAUCAAAGCCGGGAAAUGGCAAAGAAACAAGUAUGUGGGAGUAUCGAUGGUUGGGAAGACGUUAGCAGUGAUGGGGUUUGGAAAAGUUGGGUCUGAGGUGGCGAGGCGAGCGAAAGGGUUGGGAAUGAAUGUGAUUGCACAUGAUCCUUAUGCCCCGGCAGACAGGGCCCGUGCUGUUGGGGUGGAAUUGGUGUCAUUUGAGAAUGCCAUCGCCGCCGCAGACUUCAUCUCUCUGCACAUGCCGCUUACCGCAACUACUAAGAAGAUCUUCAACGACGCCACUUUUGCAAAGAUGAAGAAAGGAGUCCGCAUCAUCAAUGUUGCUAGAGGUGGUGUAAUCGAUGAAGAUGCCCUGGUCAAAGCCCUUGACGCCGGAACAGUUGCCCAGGCGGCACUCGACGUCUUCGCGGAGGAGCCCCCACCAAAAGAUAGCAAGCUAGUGAAACACGAGAACGUAACGGUGACGCCUCAUCUGGGAGCCAGCACAAAAGAGGCACAGGAGGGUGUGGCAAUCGAGAUAGCAGAGGCUGUUGUUGGAGCACUGAGGGGGGAGCUGUCGGCAACUGCAGUGAAUGCUCCCAUGGUUGCUCCUGAGGUGGUGUCAGAGCUGGCACCAUACGUAUUGCUAGCUGAGAAGCUUGGGAGACUUGCGGUGCAGUUGGUGUCCGGAGGGAAAGGCAUCAAGGCCGUGAAGGUGGUGUACCGAUCAGCGAGAGGACACGAUGACCUGGACACCAGACUCCUCAGAGCCAUGAUCACAAAGGGCAUCAUCGAGCCCAUAUCAAAUUCAAUUGUCAACAUUGUGAAUGCGGACUUCACCGCCAAGGAGAAGGGGCUCCGCAUAAGCGAGGAGAGGAUAGUGGUUGACUCAUCGCCGGAGCUGCCCCUGGAUUCCAUUCAGGUUCAGAUCUCGAAUGUCGAGUCCAAAUUUGCGAGCGCUGUGAAGGUAAACGGUGAGAUCAGCAUCGAGGGGAAAGUGAAGGAUGGGAUGCCGCACCUUACGUGCGUUGGGUCCUUCGGUGUGGAUGUGAGCUUGGAAGGGAACCUCAUCCUUUGCCGCCAGAUCGAUCAGCCAGGGAUGAUUGGUCGCGUCGGAAACAUACUGGCUGACCACAAUGUCAAUGUUAGCUUCAUGAGCGUUGGAAGGACUUCCCGUGGGAAGAUGGCUAUCAUGGCCAUUGGCGUCGAUGAAGAACCAAACAAAGUUGCUCUUGAAAACAUCGGCUCCGUUUCUGCUAUCGAGGAGUUUGUUUUUCUCAAACUUUAGUUCUCCUAGCCAACACUUACUACUUGUGUGUAUAAUACAAUAAUGUGCACGCCUGCAUGCAUGCACUUCUUCCCCGGCCCCUUGUUUAUGCGACAAGUUUAGUUUCUCCAUAUACCUUUGCUUCUAGCUAGA